CUUAACUCCGACAAUCGAUCCGACCAUGGCCUAAGUUGACAGCAAUUUAAAAUCGUUUCGACUUGUUUCAAACACGAAGAUAUGCUCGGAUUAGAGAUUUUUUCUCGCAAACCGAUCAUCCUGGAUUAUCCUUUAUAUUUCUUUGCCAAUCAUUUAUCUAGUUUCCAUCUUAUCAUACGUACAACGUAUUUGUACUGAUAAUUAUAACAAUAUAUUAAUUGGGGAAAAUAUAAAAAAAAAAAUGUCGAAUACCACGGCAAGGAGUAGCAAGGAGUGCAGGAUGGAAUUGGUCAGAAGAACCUGGACACCUAAACCAAUUCUAGAUCCAGAAAUAACGAAAGAUCUUCCCAUGAUCGAUGCUUACGUUGGUAUCCUGAAGGAAAAGAAGAAUAUUGCAACAGCUAUUAAAAGCAUAUCAACUAUUCUGCCAUAUUUCGAUCACUUGAAACGUUGCUCGGCCAAUAAAAUUCUUCUGGCACCCGUGAGAUCAUUCGAUUUAAAUGACGAUAAUAUUAUAUCGAAUCAAGAUAGAUUGAAGUCAUUUCUAAAAGAUAACAAAUUUGAUCUGUCUAUUUUAGAAGAUGAUUUGCGAGUUAUCAAAGUUCCAGGAACCAGUGGAAAAUCAAAAACGCAGGCCGCACGUGCAUCAAAGAUUUGGCCGUUGAGAUUUCAUCCUGAUCCUUUUCUCGAGGCUAUUAUUGAUGGUUCGAUUUUCAACGAGGAUCAAUUAGAAGGAAUAGAAAAGUAUAUGAGCGUUGCUAUAACUGCAGCUAAAUUGGAAGCUAUUGGUAAUGAUAGUUGCAAUGGUAGCGCGGUAAUAGUAGAUCCUGAGAACGAUGGUAGAAUACUUGCUAUAGCUGCAUCAAAAAUUGAUCAACAUCCUAUGUGGCAUGCGUCUAUGUUGGCCAUAGAUUUGGUAGCUAAAUUACACGGCGGUGGUGCUUGGAAAUUAUAUUCAAAUAAUGAUAUUAUUGAAUUACCUGAUGAUAAAAAUAACGAUGAUAAUUUUGAUAAAAGAAUGAAAAUAAUCAAAAGAAAAUACGAGGAACACGCACCGCUUUGUUAUCCGAAAACAUUGUUGUCCAACGUAAGAAUUCCAAAUGUUGAAUCUUUCGAUGCUAAAUGGAAAUUACAAGGUCGACGAAAUAACGGUUCUAAAAAGGCAAACUCUAACGUGAAUAUAAAUUCGAAGGAAAAAUCUGGUCCGUAUUUAUGUACCGGGUGUUGGGUGUUUUUACUGAUGGAACCGUGCCCGAUGUGUGCAAUGGCAUUACUUCAUUCCAGAGUAGGAAAAAUAUUUUACGGCGUGUCUAACGAUAAAACAGGUGUUUUAGGAUCCAAUGGGAUUUUACACGCGGUUCCAGGACUUAAUCAUAGAUAUCAAGUUUGGAGUGGAAUAUUAGAAGAAACUUGUAAAGAGGUGUCCAAAGAAAUUCAACUUAAAAACGUCGAAUCAAUUAUUCAAAUUUGAAUGACAAUAUUUUUCGAUUAACGUUUCAUGUAUAAUAAAUCAUGAUCUUUCGGAUAAAGGAUUUAUUCAAACACAACGGUUAAACAUUCAAUCCAUCUUACGACCAGUUUAUUAUAACAAGUGCAAAUGAAUGAUAGCUUAAAAAGAAAAACGUGUUUUAUGCACAAUCGCGUUCAGAUCAAUAAUAUGAAAGUGACCUUGGUGUAUUUGUAUAAUUUACAAUAAUUUUUUUAUCGAACCCUCUACUCCUAUUUCCUUCUUCUUCUUCUUCAUCUUAUUUAGAUGAAUGCGGUAUAUGCAUAUACGAUGAUGUAUUCCAUGAACAUUUGUGUGCUUGCUUCCUUAUACAAUGAAGCUUUGUAUUUCCACGAUUAUACAGAAAUUCUUAUUUCUCUAUUGUGUUUAGAUUCGUUUCGUCUAUAUAUCACCAACUUUGCAUACCUUGUUAAAUAAUAAAGUAACGAACGUGUCGAAGAAACACAAGUUAAAUCAUUUUUCUUACGCCUUUCCAUAUGUUAUUACUUAUUUUCGCUAUAGUAACAUCAUAAACGUGGAACGAUACGAUGCAGCAGUAAUGCUAUUACGUGAGAUGCAACUGAAAUUAAAUCCUAGAAAUGUUUGUGGUAGUGUUGGUGAUCGGGGAGACAGGGGGUAAGGGGAAAGGGGAAAAAAAGAAACAUAAAUGAUGAAAAAUCAACAGGAUAAACUAAACAGAUUAUUUUUUAAUCAUAAUUAAUAUUAAUUUAUUCGUCAUUUCGCGUUGAAAAUCAUAUUCUCUCUUGAAUAUUAUUAUAAUUUUAUUAACAAAAGAUCAUCCCAGCGAGGAGUAAUCUUUAUUAUGCAUUCGUACAAACACGCUACUAACAAUAUAUUUAUUCCACGAACAUUUUAUUCUUCGUAUAAGCGAAUAGCGUAUAUGUACAUACGUAGAGGGAAACGAUGACCCUACGAAUUGACUUCAAUCAGUGAAAAACUUGAGAUACACUAGACGUUUAUGGGAGUCGAAUCGUUAACGAUUCACCGGAGACGUGUUGGAAUAAGGCAAAUUUUGUUUUGCUAUAAGAAAAAAGAAAGAGGGGACGGAAAAUUUGCGAAAAAAAAAUUUCGUCCGAUAAAAUAGUUACCAUUGUUUUUCAUUGAUAAAUCUAUAUUAUUAUCUCUCGCGUGUUGUUACAUAUAAAAUAAAUGAAAUUUUAUUAAAUAACGUUGUUUACUAUUCCUGAUGAUAGGAUGGGGUUGGGAUUUCGCAAUUAAUUAAUACGACCGAAUGAAUU